CUGUUCGACUGGACCUGAUAUACGACUAUGAGCUCGGACAUGGCGCAGAUCUCCGAGGACAUUCCCGCACCCGAUGCGUCCAGGUCAGAAGAAGGGGACAUCCCGAGCUACUAUGAGGCCUUCCCGCCCCUCUCAGAGGGGGAGUCCCCACGGGGUGGGGCGUCUGCAUCCACACCUGCUGCUGCUCAGUGGGGCCCCACUAAUAAGAUGAUGUUGAGGACUUCUACUACAACCCAGGUUUUCCGCGUUCCUUUAGAAGAGCGUCGUUUCCAAGAAAUCAAUGAGCAUGGGUUUGGCGAGGCAGGAGAACAGGCCAAGAUCUGCAAGGACAUCAUGCAGAAAACUGGUGUUGCCAUAGAGAUGAGCCUUGCCAAAGAUCAGAGCCUCACUGUGGUUAUUACGGGGAAGAUAGAGAAUGUGAUGAAAGCGAGGCGCAUGGUGGUCAACCAACUGCAAACCCAGGCCAAUGUUACCAUGAAGAUCCCCCGAGAGCACCAUCGUUUUAUUCUGGGCAAAAGUGGCAAGAAGCUUCAGGAGCUGGAGCUGAACACCACCACCAAGAUCACCAUCCCGCGUCCGGAGGAGAACUCCGACGUCAUCCGUAUCGUGGGCACCAAGGAAGGAAUAGAUAAAGCCAGACAUGAGCUACAGUUGAUAACUGAUGAACAGGCCAAAUUGGCAUUUGAGCGUCUCCCCAUUGCUAAGAUCUACCAUCCAUUCAUCUGUGGACCAAACAACGCUCUGAUGAAGGAGCUUCAAGACAAGACAGGAGCCCGCAUACAUGUGCCGCCACCUAGUGUUAUGAAGGAUGAGAUUGUUGUGUCUGGAGAGAAGGAAGGUGUCCAUGAGGCCAAGGCUACUAUCAUGAAGAUUUACGAGGAAAAGAAACGCAAGUGUCAGACUGUAUCUGUUGAGGUGAGGAAAUCCCAGCACAAGUAUGUGAUUGGACCUCGUGCUGGGGCGUUGAACGAAAUCCUCCAGGCCACAGGGGUGUCCGUGGAGGUCCCCCCACUGGACAGUCCAUCUGAGACCAUCACGCUGAGGGGUGAGCAGGACAAACUGGGACCUGCACUGACCAUGGUGUAUUCUAAGGCUAACUCUGUGGUAAUAGCUGAAGUUGUGGCCCCAGCAUGGCUGCAUCGGUUCAUCAUUGGCCGUCAAGGUGCCACCAUCCGCAAGAUAACACAAGACUUGCCAAAAGUCCACAUAGAGUUCACAGAGGGCCAGGACAAGAUAGUAAUUGAGGGUCCCCCAGACGAGGUGGAGCAGGCCCAGAAGGCCCUGGGGGAGAUCACCCAGGACCUGCAGACCAGAAUGGCCUACGCUGAACUGGAUGUGAACCAGAAGUAUCACAAGCAUAUCAUCGGAAAGAAUGGUGCUAACAUUACAAGAAUCAAAAAUGACACUGGUGUUGCAAUCCGUAUUCCCUCUGACAGCGAGGGUAGCCGUAUCAUCCGCAUUGAGGGCGAUCCCAAGGGAGUGGAGAAGGCCAAGGCAGAGCUUAUGGAGAUGGUGGAGAAAAUGGAAAAUGAGCGUAGCAAGGACAUCAUGAUAGAGCAGCGUUUCCACAGGACCAUCAUCGGGGCCAAGGGCGACAAGAUUAAAGAGGUGCGGGACAAGUUCAACCAGGUACAGAUCACUUUCCCUGACCCAGGCAAGAAGAGCAACAUUGUCACCCUGCGUGGACCCAAGAACGACGUGGAGAAAUGCUACAAGUACCUGCAGCAGAUGCACCAGGAACUGGUGAGUGUUGUUACAAGUGGGACAACUAGGAGACAGUGA